AUGGGGUUUAUAUUUUCAAAAUCUAUGAAUGAAAACCUGAAAAAUCAGCAGGAAUUCAUGCUUAUGAAUGCACGGCUUCAGCUAGAAAGACAGCUCCUCAUGCAGAAUGAGAUGAGAGAGAGACAAAUGGCUAUGCAAAUUGCUUGGUCUCGAGAAUUCCUCAAAUACUUUGGCACUUUCUUUGGCAUUGCAACCAUCUCUUUAACAGCUGGAGCGAUAAAACGAAAAAAGCCAGCCUUCCUCUUUCCUAUUGUCCCAUUAAGCUUUAUCUUCACCUACCAGUAUGACUUGGGCUAUGGAACACUCCUACAAAGAAUGAAAGGUGAAGCUGAAGACAUAUUGGAAACAGAAAAGACUAAGUUGCAGCUUCCCAAAGGAAUGAUCACUUUCGACAGCCUUGAAAAGGCCAGAAGAGAACAGAGUAGAUUCUUCAUAGACAAAUGAAGCCCUGUGUACACACUGCUUCGCCAAGCCAGCAUAUAUUACAGUUUUUACAGUUUUGUUUUGUUUCUUUUUUUCAGUGCUCAACAUUUUGAUAGAAGGGAUUUUAUAUUAAAAUAUUAAAAUACAAGCUCUGAGUUCAGUUGAACUGCUUCAAAUUAAAAUUUGUAACUUUCAACACAAAAUUUGUGAGUGCACUCUAAACACCUUUCAGAUUUCCUCUGUGUGUUUUGGAAUAAUGACCUGAGUGAAAAAUUAAUAAAUUUUCUCAUUUGGAACUCCCAGAGUGCCCUACAAA